AACCAAUGGUCUGAGUCCUAUAAACGCUACAGUCCGGCUCUUGGGCAACUAGAGGUAGCUCCGGCUAACGUGGUUUGGGAGUGAGUGCGCCUGAGAGCAGGAGGCCGAACAGUCGUAGGCAGAGCCGCAGCCGCAGCCUCGGACCGGAGUCGGAGCCGGAGCGCGCCGCCCGCCAGUCCCCCGCCCGCUCACCCGGCGCAGAGCGGCCAUGGAGGCCAGCAGCAAGAAGCUGACAGGUCGCCUCUUGCUGGCAGUAGGAGGAGCAGUGCUUGGCUCCCUUCAGUUUGGCUACAACACUGGGGUCAUCAACGCUCCCCAGAAGGUGAUUGAGGAGUUCUACAACCAGACGUGGGUCCACCGCUAUGGGGAGAGCAUCUCGUCCACCACCCUCACCACCCUCUGGUCCCUCUCUGUGGCCAUCUUCUCCGUUGGGGGCAUGAUUGGCUCCUUCUCUGUGGGCCUGUUUGUUAACCGCUUUGGCAGGCGUAAUUCGAUGCUGAUGAUAAACCUGCUGUCCUUUAUAUCUGCUAUACUUAUGGGCUUCUCCAAACUGGGCAAGUCCUUCGAGAUGCUGAUUCUGGGCCGCUUCAUCAUUGGUGUGUACUGUGGCCUGACCACGGGCUUUGUGCCCAUGUAUGUGGGAGAGGUGUCCCCCACUGCCCUUCGUGGGGCCCUGGGCACCCUGCAUCAACUGGGCAUCGUCGUCGGCAUCCUCAUUGCCCAGGUGUUUGGCCUGGACUCCCUCAUGGGCAAUCAGGAGCUAUGGCCCCUGCUACUGAGCAUCAUCUUUGUGCCAGCCCUGAUGCAGUGCAUCCUGCUGCCCUUCUGCCCCGAGAGCCCCCGCUUCCUACUCAUUAACCGCAAUGAAGAGAACCGGGCCAAGAGUGUGUUGAAGAAGCUGCGUGGGACGGCAGAUGUGACCCAAGACCUUCAGGAGAUGAAGGAGGAGAGUCGGCAGAUGAUGCGGGAAAAGAAGGUCACCAUCCUAGAGCUGUUCCGCUCGCCUGCCUACCGCCAGCCCAUCCUCAUCGCCAUGGUGCUGCAGCUGUCCCAGCAGCUGUCUGGCAUCAACGCUGUUUUCUAUUACUCUACAAGCAUCUUUGAGAAGGCAGGAGUGGAACAGCCUGUGUAUGCCACUAUCGGCUCCGGCGUUGUCAACACAGCCUUCACUGUUGUGUCGUUGUUCGUGGUGGAACGAGCUGGCCGGCGGACCCUGCACCUCAUCGGCCUGGCUGGCAUGGCGGGCUGUGCCGUGCUCAUGACCAUCGCUUUGGCCCUGCUAAAUCAAUUGCGUUGGAUGUCUUACCUGAGCAUCGUGGCCAUCUUUGGCUUUGUGGCCUUCUUUGAAGUGGGUCCUGGCCCCAUCCCAUGGUUCAUUGUGGCUGAGCUCUUCAGCCAGGGGCCUCGCCCAGCUGCCAUUGCUGUCGCUGGCUUCUCCAACUGGACCUCAAAUUUCAUUGUGGGCAUGUGCUUCCAAUAUGUGGCGGAACUGUGUGGCCCAUAUGUCUUCAUCAUUUUCACUGUGCUCCUGGUUCUGUUCUUCAUCUUCACCUACUUCAAAGUUCCUGAGACCAAAGGACGAACCUUCGAUGAGAUUGCUUCUGGCUUCCGGCAGGGUGGAGCCAGCCAAACUGACAAGACACCAGAGGAGCUGUUUCAUCCCCUGGGGGCUGAUUCCCAAGUGUGAAGUGCCUUCACCACCACUACUAGCCCGGCUUGUUCCCAGCAGUGCCAAGAACCUCUUGGAGUACAGGCAGCUGGAUGAAACUUCCAAACUGACCAAUUUCAGUGGACCCGGGCCUAGGGCUUCUUUCUUCAGGCACCAGUGAUGUCCAGAAAAAUAUUCAGGACUCUGAGAUCUUAAAAACAAGACUGUUGCUCAGGUCUAUUUAGAUAAGCAACAGGUUUUAUAAUUUUUGUAUUACGAUUUUAUUAUUAUUUUUUUAUCAGCCACAGUCUCUUGUACCCACAACCCAACAGUGCAUCCUGAAUGGCUUAGUGCCUGAGAGGGUGACCAAGCCCUGCCUAGACAUUUGCCUUCUACACCAAGCUAAUCUAUAGGACUGGACCUAUGACAUGGAUACACUAAUCAAACUGCAAAGUAUGAGGCUUCUACCCUAAGAGGUGUCUGUGGCCACUCCAUUUUCUUAGCCUGGAUCUUCCCAUCCUAGGAGCCAGGCAUCAUUAGGAUUCUCCCAGUUUCCUGUCCCCCUGCCCAACCAAUCAAAUUAACCUUUCCUUGCCUGAUACCUGUUGGCAGCACUGGAGUGCAGAGAGGAGAGGGAAGAGUCCAGUUGACUAGGCUGCCAAGUUUUAAUCUCCUUUGCACUGAUGGCCAGAUGAUCACCAUAAAUGGAGGGCCACAAGAGGCUGAGAACUCACUGCUCAAGAAGGCAUGGACACUCCUACCCUGCCAUGUAUAGAUGGAAGAUAUUUAUAUUUUUUUGGUUGUCAAUAUUACAUACAGACACUAAGUUAUAGUUUAUCUGGACAAACUUGUAAAUACACAACCUUACUCUCUAUGUAACUUUCCCAAACAUAUAAAUGGCUGGUUUUUAGAAA